AUGGCAUCAAAAAAUCAAUUCAUCACAUUUAAUAACGGUCAGAAGUAUCCAGUUGUAGGAUUUGGCACUUGGAAGUCAAAGCCUGGUGAAGUUGAAGAAGCAGUCAAAGUUGCCAUAGAUACAGGAUAUAGACAUAUUGAUUGUGCUAUGGUUUAUGAUAAUGAAAAUGAAAUAGGAAAAGCUAUUAAGGAAAAAAUUGAUGAAGGGGUUGUUAAACGUGAAGAUUUAUUCAUUACUAGCAAACUGUGGAACACUUUUCAUCAACCCGAUUAUGUUGAAACAGUAUUAAAAAAAACGUUAUCUAAUUUGCAAAUUGAAUAUUUGGAUCUAUACUUAAUUCACUGGCCUAUGGCUUUUAAGGAAGGUAAGUUGGAAGAUGAAUGGUUCCCAAAGGAUGCUGAUGGAGUCACACUCGAAGGAAAUGGUUCUUAUAUAGAAACAUGGAAAGCAAUGGAAAACUUGGUUACAAAAGGUCUUGUCAAGUCAAUUGGUAUAUCAAACUUUAAUAAGAAACAAAUAGAAAACAUUCUAAGUAUAGCUACCAUAAAGCCAGUUGUUAAUCAAAUUGAAUGUCAUCCAUACUUAAAUCAAAAAAAAUUAAAAGAUUUUUGUGAACAAAAUAAUAUAUUUGUAACCGCAUACAGUCCUUUAGGAUCUCCAGACAGGCCUUGGGCUAAGCCAGAAGAUCCGUCACUCUUGGAGGACCCAAAAAUUGUAGCAAUUGCAAAAAAAUAUGGCAAAACUACUGCUCAAGUUUUGAUUAAAUAUCAAGUACAAAGGGGCAUUAUAGUCAUUCCAAAAUCUGUGACCAAGAGUCGCAUUGAAUCCAAUUUUGAUAUAUGGGACUUUGUAUUAGAACAAGGCGAUAUUGACGCAAUUGAUACUUUUGAUUGUAAUGGCAGAGUUCUUCAUCUUAACUGGAAUAGUCAUUUCAAGGAUUAUCCAUUCCACGAUGAAUAUUAA